UCGGCUCGUGCCUCCUCUGUGCUUUGGAAGUGAAAUGAAAACAAGCAGAAGGGACACUUGAGAUGUCAUCGAGGCAACGUUUUCAGGAAUAAAUCAGUUGAACCGAUGUGCCGGGAGUCGCUGCUCUCUGGCUCUGCUGUUCAGUGGACUAUGCGGCACCACAGCUACAAAAUCUGUGUUUUCCUCUUGGGUUUGUACUUUUGUGGAUGUUUCUCUUAUGUGUCCGCCUGCAAAGACGAGCCAGAGACUCCAGACUGGAGAAUGACUCUGAAAACUAUCCGUAAUGGAAUACACAAGAUUGACACGUACCUGAACGCAGCACUGGACCUGUUUGGGGGCGAUGACGGACUGUGUCAUUACAGAUGCAGUGAUGGGUACAAGCCGGUGCCUCGUCCCGGGUACAAGCAGCCACCACCCAACGGAUGUGGCUCCCCGCUGUUUGGAUUUCAGUUUGAUAUAGGUAUCCCAUCCAUGACCAGAUGUUGUAACCAACACGACCGCUGCUAUGACACCUGUGGCCGUGAGAAACACGACUGCGACGACCAGUUUCAGGAUUGUCUGGAGACUAUCUGCAGGAAUGUACAACGGACUCUAGGAUUGGCUCAGAGUGUCCAAGCAUGUGAGUCAGCAGUGACUCUGCUUUUUGACGCUGUUAUGCACUUGGGAUGUAAGCCGUAUCUGGACAGCCAGCGAGACUCCUGUGUGUGUCAGUAUGAGAUGAAGCGGGAACUGUAACAUCGGCGCAGGAACCAGCCUGUGGAUACGACUCAACCUGAAACUCAACACUAACUGAAGAUUGCCAGCAACAAACUUUCCUUUCAGAUUUGUAGAUUUUCUCAGGGAUAGAGCUUCUUGAGCUGGCACUAGUCCGCGUCCUUUGUCCUUUUUAUUGGAGUUUUAAAAUAACACUGUUUGUACAAGCUAAAUGUGAAAGCGGACAAAUAAUAUAUUUCUUGUGUAAUUAAUUAUUUAUAUUUUAUUUAAUGUGAUUUUUCUUUAAUGGACUGGAAAUUAGGUUUUCAGUGCUUCCUUGAUUCAUACAUGCCUGGGAAGGACCCAGUCUUUUAACCAACACUAUAUGCUAUGGGUCUGUUAAAUCUUAAUAAUUUCCUAAGAAAUUUCCAGUUAAAAAAGGCUGGCUCUGUUCAGCUGGUACAUGUUUAAUUGAGUUAUUCUAAUUAAAUGCUUAACUAGAACAGCUGGAAGUUUUUAUUUAGUACACAGCAGGUCAGCAUUGUUGAUUUUUGCACAGCCAAGCAUCCAAUGUAUCGCAUAUCAGGAAUAAUAGUUGCAGCAAUAAAUUAUUGAUUCAAUGAAUAUUUACUUGAUUGUAAAUGGAGCUAAUUUUUUCCCCCCAAGAGUCACAGUUCUUUCUCCCAUUUUCCUAAUAGGAACAUGUGAUAAAUAAGUCAAUAGUGUUUGUGUCUGCAACAUAGAGCAUUGUAGUUCUCCUUUUAUAAAAUGUGUAAAAUACCACAUGGAGCACAAUGCACUAGUAAACACAACUGAUGCACAUGUGUAGAAAACGUUUGAUAACUUGUCAUUACCAAUAAAGACAUGCUUUUAUUGACAUUUUA